AGUGGGAGUCCAUCAGUUCAGUGGAUUUUAACCUUCAGCUCGGCUGUGUCUCCUCCAGGCUCUCUGCAGAAGCAAUAUUUUUAUUUAUAUGUGUGUGUGUGAGAGGGUGUUUGUGUGGAAACAUGAGGCGUCUGAUGCUGCUCCUUCUGGGGCUUCUGCUCCUCCAACAGGGCCGCUGCUUUGAGUUUGUGAUAGAUGGAGAAUGGGAGGAAGAAUGGUCCGAAAUACGGGAUCAUCAGGAGAGACACAAGAGAGCGAUAUUGACCAGCGAGGAGCAGGAAGACUUUGAGGCCAUCCGUGGAGAAGACAUCACCGUCAAGAGCUACAAGGUGGAGAGCCGCAUCACGUCCCGCUUCUCCCACACCACCGUCAGGAGCUCGGUGGUCAACUCGGGCUCCAAUUCGCAGAGCAUCGGCUUCAACGUCCAGAUCCCCAAGAGAGCUUUCAUCACCAACUUCACCAUGAAUGUGAACGGGAUCAUAUUCGUGGGCUCGGUGAAGGAGAAGAUGGUGGCCAGGAACCUGUACGCUCAGGCCAGAGCCAGAGGCAAGGCGGCGGGCAUCGUCAGGGCGAACUCCCAGGACAUGGAGACGUUUAAGACGGAGGUCCACGUUCCUCCCGGCAGCAACAUCGAGUUUGAGCUCCACUACCAGGAGAUGAUGACCAGGAGGCUCGGAUCCUACGAGCACUCGCUGUACCUGCAGCCCGGGAGGCUGGUGCCACAGUUCCAGGUGGACGUUUACAUCUAUGAGCCGAAGGGAAUUUCCCUGGUAGAAACAGUAAACACACUCGGAGAGCAGUUUGCAGAGCUGAUCCAGGUCACACAGUCCAAAGAUAAGGCUCACAUCGUCUUCAAGCCAAAUAUCCAGCAGCAGAGAAAGUGUGACAACUGCACCGGCACCGCUAUCGACGGCGUCUUCCUCAUCAAAUAUGACGUGACGAGAGACAGCAACGCUGGAGAACUGCAGGUCUCAGACGGACACUUUGUCCACUUCUUCGCUCCCUCCAAGCUCUCUCCUCUUUCUAAAAACAUCGUGUUCGUCAUUGACGUCAGUGGAUCCAUGUGGGGAGUCAAGAUGAAGCAAACAGUUGCGGCCAUGCAGGCUAUUUUGGACGACCUGUCCAUAGAUGAUUACUUCAGCAUCAUCGACUUCAACCACAACGUGCGCUGCUGGAGCGAGGAGCUGGUCGCCGGAUCCUCCAUCCAGGUCUCAGACGCCAAGAGAUACAUCCAGAACAUCAAACCCAACGGAGGUACCAACAUCAACGAGGCUCUGAUGAGAGCAGUCCAGAUGUUGGUGAGGGCGUCCAAUCAGGGGCUGAUCGACCCUCGCUCCGUCUCCAUGAUCAUCCUGGUGUCUGACGGAGACCCCACUGUGGGUGAGAUCAAGCUGAGCACCAUCCAGAAGAACGUGAAGCGGGUGAUGAGGGAGGAGUUCUCUCUCUUCUCGCUGGGCAUCGGCUUCGACGUGGACUACGACUUCCUGGAGCGGAUCGCCAUGGAGAACCGGGGCAUGGCCCAGAGGAUCUACGCCAACCACGACGCUGCAGAACAGCUACGGACGUUCUACAGCCAGGUCUCCUCUCCUCUGCUGAGGAGGAUCGCCAUUCAGUUCCCAGAGGACACCGUGUCGGACGUCACCCAGAACAGCUUCGACAAAUACUUCAGCGGCUCGGAGCUGGUGGUGGCCGGGAAGGUGCUGCCGUCCGAGACCAACACCCUGACCAGCUUCACCACCGCGUCAGCUGCCCGUAUGGACAUCACCCUGGAGACGGAGGGGGACUUCACGGAGCUGGACACGGAGCUGGCCAAGCAGCAGCACUCGUUCACGGGCUUCGCCAGACAAAUGUGGGCCUACAUCACCGUCAAACAGCUGAUCUCUGAAAGGUCUCUGGCUCCCACCGCGGCCAAGAAGAGGAAGAUCACCCAGCGGAUCAUGGCGCUGGCCGUGGAGCAUCAGUUCGUCACUCCUCUCACCGCUCUGCUGGUGGAGAGCGAGGACGCCAGUGAGAGGCUGCUGGCAGACUCGCCAAGGGACCCCAAACACGGCUGCUGCUCAGGAGCAGGAAUAGGAGGAGGAGGAGGAGGAGGAGGAGGUUCGCUUCCAAUGAAUGUGGUCUACGAGCCUCCACCCUGGGUCCAGAUGACCACCUCCGCCCCCCCAGGAGAGGCUCGGGAGGGCCCCAAGGAGUAUGUCCUGCCUCAAAAGGUCACCAUAGUGGACAACGACCCUCACUUCAUCAUCCACCUGCCCAGAACAAACAUGGACGUCUGCUUCAACAUCGACUCCACACCCGGAGACAUUCUCAACCUGGUGUCCGACAGUGGAACAGGCCUCGUGGUGAACGGUCGUCUGAUCGGAUCCAAGCAGGCGCACAAAAGCAAACUGAAAACCUACUUCGGCUCCAUCUCAGUCUACUAUCAACCCAACGGAGUCAGCGUGACCGUCAACACCGACAGCGUCGCCAUGACCGACGGCCGGAGCAACCACUCCUUCACCUGGGGCGCCACGGCCGACAUCACACAGGACGGUGUGAGGAUCUCCAUUGUGAAGAACUCCCAUGUUACCAUCACCAUAAAUAAUGACACCCAGGUGAUGGUGUUGCUUCACCGCGUGUGGAAGAAACAUCCGAUCAACGUGGACUUCCUCGGCGUCUACAUUCCCAACGACAACCCGUACUCCCCUCUGGUCCACGGGCUCAUAGGGCAGUUUUCCAGAGAGCCUGAGGUGAGCGUGUACGACAUGCACCAGGGAGUCGACCCUCUGAAGAAGGAGGCCACCAUGAUGGUGAAGGGCAACAAGCUGCACGUUACCAGGGGUUGGCAGAAGGACUACAGGCGUGAUAAGAGACGCGGCUCCAGCGUCUACUGCUGGUUCAUACACAACAGCGGGAAGGGCUUCAUCGAUGGCCACUACACCAACUACAUCGUCCCAAACCUGAACAGCUUCCUGCCGACGCUCUGAGCUGCCAGAGACGCGUUCAAGUACCCCUUAACAUUCACUACACCCGUUUAAAACAGUGAAAAACAGGAGCCAGAAGAAAGAGGGGAACACAAAUCUCCCACUGGUGUUUAUGUGCAUCCAUUUCCUGAUUUUAUUUUGUCUUUUAAAAUCAUAAGUGUCUUUCUUUCUUAAUUAUUUUUCAAAAUAAAAGCGGAAUCAUU